AUGAUGUUGAAUGGGAGAGGGCGGUUUGCUGGAGAGCUCUUGCGCUUCCCUUCGUUAACCUAUAAAUCUACAUCGAUGCACUGCCGUCGCAUCAUUCUCUACGCGCUCUCUUCUACUGCGAAGGUUAACGUACGCCUGGGAAAUAUUAUGACGACCUCGACGUAUCCAUCGCCUCAUGGCUUCCCAUCCACACUGUCGCUAUAUAUGCCCUACUGGGCGCAAACUCUGGACUCGCCCCUGCAUUUUUCCCAGCGCAUGGCCUCGUUUUAUUACGCUAGAGUAGAUCCUAUCUCCUAUUUCAUAUGUCAUGACCCUUCCUAG